AACUCGGUUCCACGAAAUUUGUCCGCCUCAGGCGCACCCAGUGAAUUCUCGGAAUUGUUUUCGUGCCUAGCAACGUUGCCUAGCAACGUAACGUCGGAAAAAAACUCCUUGCCAUAGCGCGGAAUUUACCGCUUAUUCUGUUCGUCCAUCCAGUGAAAACCACACGCAGCAUUAUUAGCGAUGUUUCUAGUAGGAGUUCGGAACGAACCGCAAGGUCCGGCUUAUCUUCCACCUGGCCCUCGUACUGGAGGAGGCGGGACCGGUCAUCCGGACGAUUGGGCCGGUGAUCCAGCGAACUAUGAGUUUUCGUAUGAGGUCCAGGACGCGGUGGCAGGUCUAGACUUUGGGCAUCGUGAGAUGAGGAAGGACAUGGAGGCCACGGGAACCUAUCAUGUACUGCUGCCGGAUGGUAGGACCCAGAUCGUCGAUUAUAUCGCUGAUCAGAAUGGGUAUCGGCCGAUGAUACGAUACGAAGGAACCGCCACUUAUCCCGCUCCAGGACCGGCGCAAGAGGGCUACAAAUAUUAGAGUACUGACUCUUUUUUUGCAAUUAAGUACCGAUCUUUUUUAGCGCAUUAAAAAGGUCGAUUAAAUAUUAUAUAUUCUUGAACAGGGAUCGGCGGUUUUUUUAUAAACGUUUUUUAUAAAGAACCAAAGAAUAUCUUGGGCUUUGCGAAUCAAGAGGCGAAAUCAAAGAUUAUGUAGAUAUUUGUGUUAAGGAAAAAAACAAAUAUCCUUUUUUAUUAACGAGAUUCAAUAUAUGAUAAUAAUAACU